AGAAGGAUAGAAUAUCAUCGAAAACUGAGCAACAUUUCAUUAAGAAUUAAUGUUUUCCUUCUCUAAGCCAAACUAACUUAUAAAUCUCUUAUGGUUUCUUGCUAGACUCCAUAUGUGUAGUGUUUUUGUUUGAGAGAGACAAAGAAAGAGAGAGUAUGGAGAAAAGAAUUACUCUAAGGCUUUUGUUUGUGAUAGCUUUGCUUGUUUUAAGCAGUGUAGAUGUAGAAGGUAAAGUUAGAAAAAUUACAUCAGAAGUCAAUAGAAAAUUGAAGCUUCUCAAUAAGCCAGCAGUCAAGAGUAUUAAGAGUGAAGAUGGAGAUAUUAUCGAUUGUGUUGACAUCUACAAGCAACAUGCUUUUGAUCAUCCUGCAUUAAAGAACCAUAAAAUUGAGAUGAGACCGAGUAUUAAUUUUCCAUCUGACACUACUACAGCUGCUAAAAACGAGUCAUCCCAACGAGUUCUAUCGCAAAUUUGGCAUAAAAGUGGAAGUUGUCCAAAGGGAACCAUUCCCAUUCGCAGAAUUACGAGGAAAGAAUUAUUGAGGGCAGCCUCCAUCGAACACUUUGGAAGGGAAGGCCCACGGUCUUCUUUUGUUGCAAACACAACAAAUAACAAAAGUGGUUAUUUUGUAUAUCGUAACAAUGGCACAAAAGUCAAAGUCUUUCCUUUACCCAACCACUCGACUGCAUAUCUUAUUACAUUGGGAUAUAGUUAUAUUGGUGCUAGAGGAAAUAUAAAUAUCUGGAAUCCAAGAGUUCAAUCGCCCAAUGAAUACACUACUGCUCAAAUUUGGCUUAAAAGUGGCCCUGGAGAUAGUUUUGAAAGUAUUGAAGCAGGAUGGAUGGUCAACCCAAAGUUAUUCAGUGAUACACAACCUCGAGUAUUUAUACGAUGGACUUUGGAUUCCUAUCAGAAGACAGGCUGCAUUAACCUCAUUUGCUCUGGAUUUGUACAAACUAGCCAAGAGAUUGGAUUAGGUUCAGCUAUUCAACCUACAUCACAAAGAUGGGGAGACCAAUAUGAGGUCGACAUCCAAAUUAACAUGGAUCCAAAUAUGAGAAGAUGGUGGCUAAAAUUUGGAGACGAUGUGAUAGGGUAUUGGCCCUUCGAAAUCCUAACAUAUAUGCAACAGAAAGCCGUAUUAGUUCAAUGGGGAGGGGAUGUUUAUAGCAAAAACGUGAAGGGAGUGAAACCCCACACUACAACAGCCAUGGGGAGUGGAGAUCAUGCAUCUGCUUUGUUGGGAGCAGCUUGUUACAUUAAUAAACUUAGAAUCUUGGAUUAUUCUCUCCAAUUGAAGUACCCUGAAUGGGUACAUACUGAUUCCGAGGAACCCUAUUGCUACAGUGCUCUUAAUUACCAAAAGAGUCUUGCAUUUGAGCCUACGUUAUUAUUUGGAGGUCCUGGUCGAAGUCAUUAUUGUCCAUGAGAGCAACAAGAUAUAUAUGUUGAUGCCAACAUUUUCUAGCAAUAACACAUCAAUAACUUAGCUGAUGCCUUCCACAGAAAAGGUGUGGAUAAUUAUAUCCUCAAUUGUGUAAUUGUGUGGCAUUAAGCAAUUUUUGGCAUUUCAUCUUAGCAUUUGAGAAAAAAAGGGGUAAGUUUCAAAUUAGUUUCCAAUCUUUUCGCUGUGUGUUAAUUUAGUUCCAAAUGUUUUAAAUGUAUUAUUUUA